AUGGACCGCGCGUCGGCCUCUGUCUUAUAUCUUUAUAGGUCGUAUCUACGACAGAGCAGGAACUUGCCUCAUCUUUAUCUUCGACAAUUUUUUCAGGUACGGGCGAGGGAUGACAUAAAUGCAAUUUUGUCCUCUAAAUCGGAAGAUCGUCGAGCGGAAAGAAUCAAACUUGUGCACAAGAGAAUACACAGGAUACAGAAGGCUAAUAACGGGGACCGCAAAUCUUUCAAUUGGAUUUUAGAACUUGCAUAUGGCAGGAAGGGGAAACUCAAAUGGGACCUUUUGGAGCCAAUAAGAUAUCCAAGCGUCAACGAUAUACCGAAUGAACCAAUCAUUCCUGGAGUAGAAAAAUCAAGGCCGCCAGUUUAUUCGCCGGAAUUGAAAGCGUUAUUAACCAGCUCAGGGUCGAGAGACAAAAAGGCGUUGGACAGGAAAGACCUAAUCACACCUCGCACGCUCCCUCCGCGCGCGAACCCCAAUUCCAUAGAGGCUCUGACUUUUGGCCCUUUCAGCAAACGCCGGGAAGUAAAUAUACGUCGUCGUUUCUUCCAAGAUGAACUCAAAAAGAUUUUACCUCCUUUGCAAGUCACCGAGAUAAUGCCUUCAACGAAUAUUUCCAAAGUGCCUAUGAGGUCGUUGGGGUUCCAAAACAGUGGCGUUUUGCAGGAGCUUGAAACUCUCAUUGGUUAUAGUUUAACUGAAAACCCUCCGAAAACACGACGAGAAAGACGUUCUUUACCCGCCGAACAACCGGUCCUAAUUCCUACGACAAACCUUGAGCGACAUCCCUCAAGGUGGGUUAGAAGGCGUUAUCGCGCCCUGCUAGCGCGUAUACCUCUGUUAUUCUACGAAUGUAAAUCAAAUUCAACACAACCGUUCCGGGUCGAAAAACAUCCUCUGGGCCAUUUCCCCCAUGACAGGUCGGUUAGAACAAUGCCAGAUUUAGACGCCGUCACUAUGGCUUGGAUUGAGCAAAAAUCAACAACAAAUAUUAAACGGGCAAAAGGUGCUGAUAAAGGGAAAGAGUAA